AUGAUGAAAGAAAGCAUGCUGAAUUUGAAGUCCUUGAAUCACAUCUCAUUGGUGUACAGAUCAGUUGAGAAAUCCCUUGAUUUCUACCAGAGUGUUCUUGGGUUCUUCCCAAUUAGGAGGCCUGGCUCCUUUGACUUUAAAGUGGAGAAAAAUUUGAAGGAGAUGGAGAUAGAGUACGUGAAGCGCAUGGUGGAGGAGGGUGGAAUCUACAUUGAUCAGCUUUUCUUUCCUGACCCUGAUGCCACUAUGAUUGAGAUCUGUAAUUGUGACAACCUUCCCGUAAUAUCCCUCGCGGGAGAGCCAGUCAGGCCCUGCAAUGCCUAG